CAACUCAACCCCCCCCAUACAACGACCACUUUAUGUGUGGAUUAAACAAACAACAACAUGUUAAUCAGUGAGCUUUAGAGAGAUGCUGUAGGCAGAUUUCGUGACCUUUGGACAUAGCUAAGCUAACUGUUUACCCACAUUUCCAGUGUUAGUGCUAAGCUAAGCUAACUAGGUGCUGGUGCUGGCUUUUGGCAAGAAAGCAGAUGAGCUUAUUGCACAAAAUGUGUAACUUUUCCUUUAAUAUCUUUAUGUCAAGCUCUGUACACAGCCGGUGCUUCAAACACUUGCGUAUUCUGACCUUGUUGUGGCAGAGAGUUAGUACAGUAGCUUUUAAAAGUCUUGCAGGGUCUCUGCAGUUGAAUCAAUACACUGCCUGCAUCUUCAUCAAUCUCCUGCUUCCUUCAUUUACAUGCAGUUAGUGGCAUCUGUAUCCAUCACUGAAGGGCAUCUUAUCAAUUCAAGCUCUCUCUCAUAUCAUAACAGCUAAAGGAAAUGUGCUCCACAAAUAUGAAAAUGCUCCUUCUGCAGCCAAGAGAAUAUUGCAAAGACAUUUUGUCCCCGCAGCUCUUCAUUUUGAUGCAAAUGUGAGGCAGCCCUGCAGGUUCGAACGGAGGGGGGAAGGGGGACUGGGGGAGACACAACUGAGGGAUUUCUUUGUGAGGCCAAACUCAAAUCCCAAAUGUUCUCAGGGCUGAAAACAAAAACAGCAUGGGUGCUGCACCGGCCACGUUGGCCCCUUCAAUAGAUGCACCUUCUGGCACACAAAAGCACUGAGGGCUCCCUCGCCUCACCGUGCCUCCUGGACAUUCCCCCUCCUCGUGUUGGUGAGAGUACACUGACAACAACUUCAGCCAUCAUGGAUCCAGUGCUGAUGAAGUCACUGGUUGCAUUAUAAGACUUCUCGGUGACUGAGUGAUGAAGGGAAUCGCCCUGAAGUGACGCCCAGUGGGAGCUCUCUGGCUGGCUCCUGCGUCUGUAUGAAGCCAGUGUACAUGGUGGCAUGUGGCUGGGAUUAGGAAAUUUCACUGUGGAUUAAAAUCUUUCCAGCGCCUCCAUGGCCACUCGCUAAAAGAAAGGAGUUGAGCGGAGCACUCUGGGCCCAUGGUCUCUCUGAGCAGCUCCAGGAUGUUCCAGGUGCUCCAGGGUCACAUGCAGCCAGCUGGACACCGAAGCCGCAAAUCUCGCCUGGUCACCAAAGACGGGCACUGCAACAUUGAGUUUGGUAACAUUGAAUACAGCAACCACUUUGCAUACCUGGUGGACUUCUGGAACACGUUUGUGGAGAUCCGCUGGCGCUUUGUCCUCCUCCUGUUUGUGGCUUCGUUCACAGGUAGCUGGUUCAUUUUCAGCCUGCUGUGGUACUGGAUCGCAAAGAGCAACGGGGAUCUGACAGGGCAGAACCGCACAGAUGGACAUGUUCAGUGUAUAGACAAUGUUAACGGACUCACAACGGCAUUCCUCUACUCCCUGGAGACCCAGACCACCAUUGGGUACGGAGGCAGGGCGCUGACUGGACACUGUGCCGGCACUGUGGCUCUAAUUAUCAUCCAGUCACUAAUUGGUGUCUUCAUCAAUUGUUUCAUGUGUGGCGUCAUCUUGGCCAAGAUCUCCUUACCUAAAAAAAGGGCAAAGACUGUCACCUUCAGCGACACAGCUGUCAUCUGCUUGAAGAAAGGAAGUCUGUGUCUCCUGAUCAGAGUGGCCAACCUUCGAAAGACCUUAUUAAUCGGCAGCCAGAUCUAUGGCAAGCUGCUGAAGACAACAACCACACCAGACGGAGACACCAUCAUUCUGGACCAGGUGGACAUUGACUUUACGGUCGAUGCCGGAAAGGAUAACUUGUUUUUUGUUUGCCCUUUGACCCUCUACCACGUGAUUAACAGAUCUAGCCCGUUCUAUGAGAUGUCAGCAGACUCUCUUCCCCACCAGGACUUUGAGUUGGUGGUCUUUUUGGACGGGACGGCCGAGUCCACCAGCUCCUCCUGUCAGGUCCGAACCUCCUACAUCCCACAGGAGAUUCAGUGGGGAUACAGUUUCCUGCCCAUCAUCUCCCGCACUAAGACGGGGAGGUACCGUGUGGAUUUCUCAAACUUUUCCAAAAGUGUCCGGGUCACUACACCACACUGCGUCCACUGCUUCGAGACGGACGCCGAUCAGAGAAACCACAACAGCCACAAUCAAGAAAACCACAACAACCAGCAGAAGAUGGGGAUCGACAACUUGGGGUUUCAGGUGAUCGACAUUCACGACUCUGUGGACAUCACUAAAAUGUGAGCAGUUAGGAGUUGGGUAAUAAAGCGUGAAAAGUCACUUACUUUCAAGCAAAGUUAGACUUUCUUGUUGAGGAGUGAUCAGUGAAGAAAUAUUUGCUUCCUCCACUGAACAUUUGAAUUAAUCUUUGACUUUUUUUUUGCCUCUAACAGCAGAAACAUUCAAAGUGUGGAUAAAAAUUCAGACAUGAGCAAGAGUUAAGCUCUUUGCUCAGCAGCUCAUUACAAUCAAAGCACCUUUGGGACUUGUGACUUUGUCUAGGUAAUGUGUGGACGAGGGGAAAAAGAGGGAUUGAAGUUUUGACGCAUGGAAAAUGAAAGGGGUAAAAUACUGGAUGGCACAGUGGGUACUUCUUGAGGAGAUUAGGGCCUGAGCCUGUUAUAAUGAAAAACUGUGUGCCAUAAAGACUGUGCAAGGAAAUAAAAAGUAGGACAGGCCUUGCGAGUUUUCUCAUUAUUCCUACUAAAAGACAAACUGUAUGUUGUUUCCUGUCAUGUUGAAACAUCUUGUAUGCCUUGAUAAUUAGGAAUCUGUGGACAUAGCUGCUAAACGAGAUGAUUUAAUUGUGACCAGUCUACAUUUUGUAGAUCAUACUGUCUUAACACUGAAACAACUUCUCAGGGAAAGUAACAUCCUUUGUAGGAAUAAACCUUUUUUUCACAAUUCAUUGACUUCUUGUUCAUUCUUAAUUUCUUUCUGCCAUUUUCCGCAUUGAAUUUUCAAGAAUAUCAGAAUUAUGACUGACAGUGGUUAAAUAUGAUAGUACAUUUUCUCAAGUGCUGAACUUGAGUACAAAUUUGAGGUACUCUUGAGUGUGGUAUUUCAACCCAGUUGCCAGAAUAUAUGUUGGUAUUGUACAUUUCUGCAAUGUACCACUGAGCGCCACAGGAAAUCAUUCCUGCCUGUGGCCAUCAAACUGUACAACUCCUCCCUCUGAGUGGCCCUGAGACUUUUUCACACACUGCAAUAAUUUAAUUUAACUUGUGCA